AUGGCAGGCAGGAAAGCUGAGUCACUGCAUUCCUCCAUAGCCCUCUUGGGCAUUUCCGCAGGAUCCCUCUUACUGGCAGUGCAUUUCUACAGUUUACCCAGAGCAGCCCCUCUGAUCCCCAGCACAGCUCUAGGAGUCCUUCUGUUGAUCUUAUCCUCUCUCCUGGCGUAUGCAGGAAUUCGGAGGAGCCUGAGAAAUGCCUCCCUGUUCUUGUCUCUCUGCCUGACCAUCUCAGUGUUCUGGUGCGGCUAUGGAGUGAUCUGCAUCCUGGGAGGGCAAGGAGUUUUGAAUGACACUGGUGAUUCCCGCAAUGCCUUGGUGCCUGGCCUGGUCACAUUUACUUUGGCCCUACUCAUUAUUGCAGUGGUGGGCUUCCUUCGCAGAGAGGUCAUCCUAGCUAUGAUUGCUUCUGCCGUCUCACUUGCCAGUGCUCACGAAGUUGCCAUGCGUUAUAGCACAGCUUUUGUUUCCUCGGCCGUGGCUUGCAAUUACAUGAUUGUCUGCUUGGUCGGUGGUUAUUUUGCUCUGGGAAGGAUUCUCUAUUUCCUAACCAAAGAGAAAAUCGCCCUCCCUGGCACAGAUCUGGCCAAGAAAAAAACCCGCGAACAGAUCCAGUCCACCGGUGGCAGCGUGAAUCGUUUUGCAGCCGCCGGGCUGAUCCUGAACAUGCUCUCUGCCAGCGUCUUUGGCUGUAGGCUCCUGGGUGUCACUGGCAAACUCUUUAUCGGUCAGGUGCCCUGGCUGUGGGCCGCUGGCAUCUACCAGAUUGGCAUCUGCAUCUUAUCGUACCGUGCAAUGGAUGUGCCGAUGGCCACAUUCUUUGGUUUCGCUUCCAUCCUGAAAUUUGCUGGAGUCCUCGUGGUUUUCUCAAUUCUUUUUGCUGUCUUGGCUCUUUUUCUCGCUCUUAAGAGCCCAGUGGAUGGUCUGUAUCUGCUGUUUUAUGUGGCCUACUGCAUUGCUUUAGCUUGCCGGCCCAAGGGAUUUUUUGAAGGUGGACCCCAAGGGGUGGACGUGGCCAUCUUUGUGGCCUCAGCCUUGAUGACUCUAAUUCACCUGUACAACGUGAAAGCAAGUGCCAGGAUCCCAACAGGGCAGGGUGCUGUGAAGGCCCUCCUGGCUCGCAGCAGUUUUCUGAAGCUUCGUGAAGGGGCAGACCUUCAUGCUCCCUACCUGGGGUACUCCAAGUAUGCAGAUGCAGAAGUACUUGGCUAUGCAUGCAGUGUCCUCGCUUCUUUUGCUAUAACCAUGACCGGGGACCCACAGGCUCCGCUUGCUACUGUUGUAAUUCCAUGGGUGGUGGUAGCUGGUGGGAUCCUGAAGCUUCUAGGCGGCUCCGUGGCCUUUGCCCGGGGUAAAACUUUGGAGAGCAGUGCCUUCAUUCUCUAUGCUGUCAUGUGGAUCAUCUGGGGCUUGACAAGAUAUGGUGGCCUCUAUGGCACUACCAGAAGCUUCCACGCAGCGGUGGGCAUCAUUGCCUUCAUGCUCUUCAACGGCUUCAUUGUCUUCUGCACACUCUUCUUAAGCAUCGCCUGGUUCUUUUACUCCUUCACUUUCUUGCUCAUCGCUGUCAGCUUCUUGCUGGAUGCCCUCCAUGCUCUUCCAGCCGGCUACGACCUUGCUGCCACUCUCCUCUUUGGUCUGGUCAGCUUUUACUGCUUCCUGUCUGCCCUUUUCAGCAGCACCUUUGAGGGUUCCUGCUUACCAAUGGGCAGGCCCAUUGUGCAGCUUAGCGGUGUGGGGGGAGGAAUGACCAAGUGCCUUCACCUGCCUGCCAGGAAAGCUUCCUCAGUCAAGAGAAUUGCAGAUAUCCUGAAGAACGGAGGGACUUGCGGCAUCCCCACAGACACCGUGUACGUGCUUGUGGCAGCCUGCAACCGCCCUGAUGCUGUGGAGAAAGCUCACCAGUCCAAGCGCCAGGCUCAGGAUCGCCCCAUGUCGCUCUGGAUUUCUAGCCUAAAGCAACUGGAACCCGCAAAGCAUUUGUUCACUCCCGUCCUCUGGGACUUCAUGGAGGCCGCCUGGCCGUCGCCUAUUAGCUUGGUGGUUCCCAGAGGUGAAUGGGUGGACUUCCUGGGAAUGAAGGACUCUGCUAAAUACGUCGGUACCCCUCAGAGCAUUGCCGUCCGCAUCCCCGACUGCUCUGUCACCACACACCUCAUCGACCUCGUUGGCCCCAUUGUGGUCACGUCGGCCAACCCAACGGGAGAGGCAGACACAACACACCACAACCAAGUGUAUGCCAAGCUGGGAGACAAGGUGGAUGCAGUGCUUUGUGAUGGGCCUUCUCCAGAGAAUAUUGCCUCCACCGUUGUGGACUGCACCAAAAUCGACAGCGGAAACAUAGGAUUCUUCAGAGUCGGCAUCAUCCCCAAGUCUCAGGUGCUGCAGGUGCUGGAGCAGGUGCAGAAGAAACACACGUCGGUCCCUAACAGUGGCCCUGGCACCACAAAAGGCCAGGGAGAACCUCUGAAUCGCGGCCGUGCCGUGCGCAACGGGGUGGGCACGGCUGCCUCGGCAGAGACGGCGCCGGUGCAGCCCCCCGCCGGCGGCUCCGAGGGUCACACUCACUUCUGA